UCGACUCGGUAGAUAUGGCGACAGUUUCGUCGCUGCCGUAAAGAUUGUUUAAAAGAUUGCACUGUCAACAGAAUAAUCUGUAGGACCUUCCGGAACAGUAAAAAAACUCAUCGAAGAUUCAAGGACGCGAGUAAUCUUUGUCGAACCCUUUAUUCUUUCUUUUUGGGGUCGUCACUAAAAAGAAUCAACAAACUGAGCUAACGUUAGCUGGCUAAGGGUUAGCUUACCUGGCUAACGAAUCUGCUAAAUUAGCUUUGCAAAAUGGCGGCGAACACGGCCCAACAAACUGCCUCUGCAAAUUGGCCAUAUGGCACUGGAGCUAGUUCUGGUCCAGAGGCCCCGGUCCACGAGAACCCGGAAUGGGAGAAGGCUAGACAGGCGCUGGCCUCCAUCAGUAAGAGUCAGAGCAGCACCAAAGGUUCUCAGAACAACCGGACCACGACACAGGCGGGUCAGUACCAGGCCUCGGUAACGGACUCCUCAGCUAUGCAGCAGCAGCAGCAGCAGCAGCAGUACUAUCAGUGGUACCAACAGAACCAGCAGCAGUACCCGGGCUACACUUACCCAUACAACCCGUACUACUACCCCAUGGCACCGUAUGGUGGGGCAUAUCCUCCAGGCCAGUAUGCUGUCCCCGGAGCCUAUCAGAGUCCCCCCACCCCAACAGGACAGCCCCCUGCCAUGUCUAUGAUGGAGGACCAGUCCUCUAGUUACCCCUCAAACACCCAGCAGCCCCCUGCCACGCCCCAGCCCCCUCCCCAAAGCCCCACCACGCCCUCUUCAUCCGACCAGCCCCCGCCCCCACCUCCCCCUCCCAUCCCACCCCCUCCCAAUGCCCAGUACCCCCCUCCACCGACCCAGCCCCCCUACAGCCCCAACGGGGUGCACCCCUACCCCCCCAGUGACUCCGCCCAGAUGCGGGGCUAUCCCCCGGGCAGGCCGGGGUAUGGGCAGGGGUACCAGCCGCCCCUGCAAGGGUACCAGGCCUCCCAGCCCCUGAACCAGCAGCAGGGCCCUUACGGCGGGGCGGGCCGCGGAGACCUCAGCAAAAAACCCAACAACAACAACAACCCCAUCAACAACAACAACAACAACAAAGGUGGACAACAGCUAUGGCAUCGCAUGAAACAGGCUCCCGGCACAAGCACAGUCAAAUUCAACCUCCCAAAACGCUCUUACGUCAUGGCCAAUCAGAACUUCCCGUCGACCGAGCCUGCCCCGGGCGUGGCCGCCGCCACCGCGACCACCUCCGCCACCUCGGUUUCCAUGGCUACCACCGCCACGACAGCAGGGGCCGCACAGACACGGCCUCAGGACUGGCCCCAGGCGAUGAAGGAAUAUGUUCAGCGCUGUUUCACGGCGUGUGAGUCAGAGGAGGAUAAGGACCGGACCGAGAAGGUUCUGAAGGACAUGCUGCAGUGUCGUCUGCAGGACGGGUCGGCCUACACCAUCGACUGGACCAGAGAACCCCUGCCAGAUCUGCGGCAGAAGCAGUCGCGUUGGGAGGCCGUACCCCCUCAGCGUUCUCAGGAGAGCUCCGUCGGACGGGGCGGGGCCACGAGAGGCAGGGGCGGGGCCAGGAUCGGCAACUACAGAAACGUGUUCUCUCAGAGGAGCCCGUCCUCCAGCUCCUCCCGCUCCUCGUCGCGAAGCCCCUCCCCCCACAGGCACAGGGACCGGGGCAGACACAGGCGCAGCGACUCCGGCUCUCAGUCUGACAGCAGCAUGUCCAGCGACCUCCGACCCCAGGUGUCGCGGCGUAACCAGAAGGGCGGGCGUGGCCGCGGGGUCGACAGGGAGCGAGGGCGCGGGGGAGGAGGCGAGCGAGGAGGAAGAGGAAGAGGAGGAAGAGCGAACAGGGGAAAGAGAAACUUGGAGGAGGCGGGCGGCGGCGCGGGGAAGAAGCGGAAAGGCGGGAACGCCGGCCUGGACUUCCACGACCCGAACCGGGAGGCGAAGAAACAGAGCCGCGCGGCCCGGUUUCACACCAAGCUGCGCGCGGAGCCGCUGGUCCUGAACAUCAACGCCCUGGACCUGCCCAGCGGCACCCAGGAGGCCCUGAGCUGGGAGGACUGCCCCAUCGUCGGCACCUGUCAGGACAUCACCAAAAACUACCUCCGCCUCACCUGCGCCCCUGACCCCUCCACCGUCCGACCCGUCCCCGUGUUGCGUAAGUCUCUGCUGUCUGUAAAGGCUCACUGGAAAACGAAUCAGGAUUACCAGUACGCCUGUGAACAGAUGAAAUCCAUUCGCCAGGACCUCACUGUCCAGGGAGUCCGCACAGACUUCACUGUCGAGGUUUAUGAGACCCAUGCCCGUAUCGCUCUAGAGAAGGGCGACCACGAGGAGUUUAACCAGUGUCAGACACAGCUGAAGGCCCUGUAUAAGGACUGUCCUUCAGCCAACGUGGGAGAAUUCACUGCCUACAGGCUUCUCUACUACAUCUUCACCAAGAACUCCGGAGACUUGACGACCGAGCUGGUGUACCUGACCCCCGCGCUGCGUGAGGACGAGUGUGUGUCACACGCCUUGGCGCUCCGCGCCGCCUGGGCCCUGGGCAACUUCCACCGUUUCUUUCAGCUGUACAGCCGGGCACCGCGCAUGGCCGCCUACCUCAUCGACAAGUUUUUGGACAGAGAGAGGAAACAGGCACUCAGGGCCAUAGUCAAAUCGUUCAGGCCGUCUGUAUCAGUGGAGUAUGUGCAGUCUGCUCUGGCCUUGCCUUGUUUAGACACAUGCUUGGCGUUCCUCUCCGGGCUGGGGGUUACAUUUAUGGCCGGUGACAGUAGCAAGAUCGACUGCAAAGCCACCUCCGCUAGUCUUACCAUGUCAUAACAGCGACCCCCACUCUGACCCCCCCCCCCCCCC